AUGGCCCAACAGGUUGUUAGGCACUUAGGCCGUCACAUCAGGAGGGCCUGCCAGACUAACGCCGUGCACCCCGUCGCCAGUCCCUGGACUGCCAUUGCUCGCCGCGGCUAUGCGGCUACCAAUGACGAAGCCUAUGCCUGGAUUGAGAAGUCCAAGGGCCGCUCAGACGUCUCUUGGCCCGCAGUGCUCAACAAGCCUCUUCAAGACAUUGACCCCGAAAUCUACGACAUCAUUGAGCACGAAAAGAACCGCCAAUGGAAGGGCCUUGAGCUGAUUCCAUCGGAGAACUUCACGUCCCAGUCGGUGAUGGAGGCUGUGGGGUCCGUCAUGACCAACAAGUACAGCGAAGGCUAUCCCGGCGCUCGCUACUAUGGCGGCAACGAGUUCAUCGACAUGGCUGAGACUCUCUGUCAGAGGCGCGCUCUCGAGGCAUUCCGGCUGGAUCCGGCCAAGUGGGGAGUGAACGUGCAGUCGCUGUCCGGGUCGCCCGCCAACUUCCAGGUGUACACGGCGCUGCUGAAGCCGCACGAGCGCAUCAUGGCGCUGGACCUGCCGCACGGCGGCCACCUGUCGCACGGCUACCAGACGGACACCAAGAAGAUCUCCGCCGUCUCCAUCUACUUCGAAACCAUGCCCUACCGCCUCGACGAGACCACCGGCCUCAUUGACUACGACACGUUGGAGAAGACCGCCAAGCUGUUCCGCCCGAAGCUCAUCGUGGCGGGCGCCAGCGCGUACUCGCGCCACUACGACUACCCGCGCAUGCGCAAGAUCGCGGACCAGCAGCGCGCGGUUCUCCUUGCUGACAUGGCGCACAUCAGUGGCCUCGUGGCGGCAGGAGUGGUCCCGUCGCCCUUCGACUACGCUGACGUGGUCACCACCACCACUCACAAGUCCCUCCGAGGCCCACGUGGCGCCAUGAUCUUCUACCGCAAGGGAGUCAAGGAGACCGACAAGAACGGCAAGGAGAUCAUGUACGAUUUUGAGGACAAGAUCAACUUCGCUGUGUUCCCAGGCCACCAAGGCGGCCCCCACAACCACACCAUCACUGGCCUUGCUGUCGCCCUCAAGCAGGCAGCCUCAGAGGAGUUCAAGCGGUACCAGCAGCAGGUCAUGGCGAACAGCGCUCGCUUCGCCAAGGCCCUGCAAGAUCGUGGGUAUGACCUUGUGUCAGGCGGCACGGACAACCACCUGGUGCUUGUGAACCUCAAAAGCAAGGGAGUGGACGGGUCGCGAGUUGAGAGGGUGAUGGAGCUGGCUCACAUCGCAGCCAAUAAGAACACAGUGCCCGGGGAUGUCUCCGCCAUGGUGCCUGGAGGAGUGCGAAUGGGCACACCUGCGCUGACCUCACGAGGGUUCACAGAGGAGGACUUUGAGAAGGUGGCUGAUUUCUUUGACCAGGCUGUCAAGAUCGCUGUGGAGGCCAAGGCUCUCUCAGGACCUAAGCUGAAGGAUUUCCGCACCACAGUGGACACAAAUGACAAGAUCAAGGAGGCGAUUGCAGGGUUGAAGCAUAACGUAGAGGAGUUCGCCAAGCAGUUCCCCACAAUUGGCUUUGAGAAGGGUACCAUGCGGUACACCUCAUAG